UUUCGCAGCCGUUCGAGAUAUAUCGUAUUUCACUGUUUUCGGGCCGGCCAGAUCUCUCUGUGGACACGCGUGACCUUUGUAAAAAUAGUGAUUCGUUCCUUCCUUUCGAGAGUAGAUAGAGAAGGAGAAAGAUCUCUGGCCUAGGGUUUCUCUCGUGUUGCAUCAACGUCGAACAUGGGGAGACUCGAUUCGUUCAGAUGCAGUUUGGGAUUACUGUCGAUCGUAACUUUUACGGCGCUAGUAGCGAUCGCGUCGACGACAGUUCAUCAAUUCGAUAUUUCAGAUUAUCUAUAUGGGAUAGAUCACGAUUUACAGGCAAGAGCACGUGCAGGAAUCGAGGCCGAAAGAUUUACCUAUCAAACGAAGGCUAGGUAUCAAAAUACGAAAGAUGCGCCUUGCAGAAUCAAAGGGGACAGGCCUUGCCCGCCAAACAAGUACAGGACACCUUCAGGCACUUGCAACAACGUGAGACAUCCUGUUUGGGGUGCUCGUAGCGCGCCAUUUUUGAAAAUGUUGCCACCGGCGUAUUCGGACGGUGAGUGAUAUUUAAUCGCAAGUUGAUUCAAAUAA